AUGCAGAGGGCAAUGAUCGCCAAACGCAAUAACCGAGAGAAAGGAUGGCCCGACUUCGUUAAAGCAUGCAGCCUUACAGCAAACCGUCUCGAGCAGAUAUCCUUGAACGAGGAUCGUGUGAAGGGCCGUGCGGCCAAUCCACAUGGAACAACCCCGUUACUAUCGACUCGUGCCUCGAUACCCAUAACAACCGCUGCUAGUCCUUUGAAUAAUAACUCGCAAUACCAUAGCGGCAACCGUCUCACCAAAAAGGCUCGUGCCUUGCUAAUAAAGGAAGGCAAGUGCUUCAAAUGCAAGAUGCUUGGUCACAUUGGAAAGGAUUGUCCGAAUACCCCUAACCGUUCGACCGAAUUGAAGGAACUAGAGAAGUUGAUUGGACGAGAGAAGGAUAGUCUCACUAUAUCCGUCCAAGUAGCCAAGAAUACACACUCAAUUUCUGCCAAAGCACUUACUGACACUGGAGCAAACGGAUUAGCGUUUAUGGAUAUCCACUUCGCCAUAUUAUUAAGCGAAUUCCUUCAAGUAAGGACACACCGGAUGGAACUGGAUUGUGCUAUAAGAGGAUACGAUAGGAAGGAAGCUUCACCGAUCACGCACGCCAUUGUCUUCAUCUAA